GUACAUAAAAAUAAUAUUAAAAUAAGAAAGAAAAAGGAAGUUGAUAUAUACUGGUGCUGUCUUAAAGAAAUUUUAUACAAAAAUGGAAAUUAUGGAAGAUGGGAAUUUAGUCGACCGCGUUAGAAUUUUAUUGCAACGGGACAUGCAAUAUUAUCAGGAAAUGCAAACUGUUCUGAGGGAACCCUUAUGCAUACGCAUCAGCGGUGGGAAGCUCGAUUUUCCGCGACAUGCUUCGUUCGCUGCGAUUAAGAUCGUAACAUGGUGGGAGGCAGAUUUCGUUGCUGCUUUUAGACGUGCUUCCGGUUUGAGCUCUUCUGAGAACGGAAAUAUGUCCAGCGUCGAUAGUGAGGAUGGCGUUAUUAAGCGAAUUCAACCAUCCGAGUUUAUCCUUCUUGUUGUUGACACUGCGGAGCAACUACUAGAACAUCUGCAUAUGUUGAUUCAAGAAUCUUUGGAUCAUGCCGAUCUUACUGUGCUUACCGCCACUUUAGGCGCAGCAGCACUAAUACGUAAUUGCUUGUGGUGUUACAAUCAGCAUGCAAAGGGAACAAUUUCUUCUCAAUCAAGCGAAAAGAUUAAUAAGUCUCAUAAAGCAUUCCACGAAAUGGCCGAAGCUGUAGCAGAAAGGCUGCUUGAUCUGCAUUGUCGAUUAAUUUCCUUAUAUAUUCUGAACGAGGCGGACUCCCUCAGUUGGCACAGUAACAAACCAUUUUUCGAGAAGGAACGAUGCUCCUAUGUUAUACAAAUGUGGUGGCUAUAUAUGCAAGGUACUAAGGCAGAUUUAUGGAACACAGUCUCGCCUAAGAUGGCACAGCGUGUAUUUUCAGAGAUGCUAAAUGAGUCCUUGUCUAUCUUAACUACACGAUUCGUUCAUGGACGACCGACACUGGCGCGAUCCGAACAGUUCUGGUCGGAUGCCUUUAAUGUGCUUUGCUGCACAGGCUACCUCGCUUUAGGUGCGUGUGUCGACAGCAACGGAAUGAUUGGUGCACGUCCGAAUAACUUGCCGACAGCAAUAAGAGAUAUACAUGCAAAAUGUAAUGAACUAUUAAUCUGUUUACUACUUAGAGGUACUCCUCUCAAAGAACUGUACCAGAUUUUUCGACACGGAUUAGAAAAUUUAACAAUAUUACGACCUCGACACGGCCCCGCUCCGUGGCUAUUGAUAUGUGCUCCAAAUUUAUUAGGAUUAAGCACGGUUGAUUCUCCAGCUGACAUUAUAACAUUAACUGAGGAUAAAACAGUCAUUCUUGAGUUGAAUGUUAUGAGACAUCAACCUCAACCUAACUGGCCUCAAUUGAUGAAAGUGAUAUCGAUGAACAAUUAUGUCGUGGCAAGGAUGUUGCUACAGACUUUAGUACGUCAAAAUGUGGGCGUCGUGUGCAUAGACAAUAGUGAUGUGGCUGACAGAUCAAAGAAAGACGAAAAAAGUUGCAGUGGCUUUUUAUGCAGUGGAUCAGCAUGCGACAAAACGCUAAAAAUAACUUCGGCUUUGGCAUUAUACAGCUUAUUUCAUGUAUUAGUGGUAACCGUUAAUGAGCCGGAGCAUGUAAUUAUACCAGCGCUGAAGCAGGAUCCGAACUGGUCUAAUUAUUUGAACAGACAACAGGUCUGGAAUCAAUCAAGACCACCUUGGCUUAAUGCACUUGUAAAACCAUUGAAGAUCAUGAUGCAGCCAGUCGUCGAGGUCCUUUUAGAAGCCGCCAAAACAGGUGCCAGUAUAUAUCAAGCUAUGUCCCUUGCGAUCGGCUGCUUCGCCGAGUUGUACGUGACCGCUUCGACUCCGGUUUUACGCACCGCAUUCGCGUUAAACGACAACAUCCCCGCGCACUGUCAACCGAUCGGUGGCCACGUGUUGCUCCAGAUGAUGUGCGCCGCCCUGUACUCCACUCUUCUGGAUGUGUCCACGAGAAACAGAAGCGAGCCUCACAGUACACCGAGUUCCGGGGAUACGUGUUGCGAAUUGAGCCCUUUCAAUCCAUACGACAGAUCGACCGCCGCCACGGCACUCGCUGAAGCGAUUUGCAGCAUUGACGAGGAUAACAAACACACGUCGCAGAUAGACUCCUUCCUGCUUCUCGUAAAGGACAGUCUUAGAAGAGAGAAUCAAAAUCCGAGAAAUGAUGAAUUGCAAAAUAUGGCUUGUGUUAUCGAGACUUACACGGAUGAAUUAUUGUUUACGAAUAUUGGUCGACGUUCCUUAAAAAUUGCAUACGAAUAUCUAAUUCGAGCGUCCGAUUGGGUAUUAAAUAAUUUACGUCGUGGCGAGGAGAGCAGACAGAUAGAUUUGAUUAAUCUGCCGAAUGUCUCACCUAUCGUGAAACCUCUCACACACAUAAUGUUUCACAUCGAGGACACGUGCUUCGAUCAAUUUAUGACUAAUUAUGAGGCAACAAAUUGGACAAAGGUGUUGACGAUGCCUUUGUCAAUUACAUUGGAACGAGUACGAAAUCAAAUUCUCCUAAGACCGGAAUUUAAAAACAUUGGAGAUCUCAGCCAUGAAGAUAAAGAAGUAGCGCAGUCUAUUAAAAGGAUCUGUUCAUUUGUUAGGUCAGCACGUUUUAAAUAAAUUGUUUGCACAAGUAAUGUUAAAUAAUAUCUCUGUUA